AAUUGUGUCAUGGAACCCAGUUACAGGGCUUUGGUAAUUCAGCCCUGUAACUGGGAGUCAUAACAUAAACAAUCCCAGGAGCACCUGGCAGAAGAAGAUAGAAUAUGCCUGGGAACUUGGGGCCGAAAGUAUAAACAAUUAUAAUUGGUCUAGUGUGUGAAAAUGGUAGUAAUGUGAUAUUGGGGGUGGGACUUGAUGAUGAUAUUUACGUGUGGUGUUACGUAGCAUCAAAAGUUAUAAAAAUAGUUGUAUGUAAACAUUGGGUCAUUCCUGACUUUUCCAAAGUCAUGUGUUCUUCAAUAAAGAUUGGAUUUGAGAGCAGCCAUCUCUGAUCUGCGUUCAGACUGAUCCUUUGAAGUGAGCAGGACAAUUAAGUCAGGAAUCCAGUUCUCACCCUCCUGCAAAUUUGCAGUGAAGUGAUAAUGAGCAGGGAAGGAGAUCAAAGCCAUGACGGAGCAAAGGGGCCUCCGCUGGGAGCUCUGCCGUUGGCAGAAGAGACAUUGCAAGCCAUAGCUUCCUCUACGGGGUACCCCAAGCCGGAUGGCGUGACCCAGAGGAUUCCCAGAGGGGGAAGAGGCGUUCCGGCGGCGGCAGAAACCAGUUGGGGAUCUGGAGGAAGCAUGCCGGAGACCGUGGCCCAGCGGUUAUCCAUCCUGGAAACUCAUUUAUCCAGGCUGUCGGAUACCGUGGGGAGAAUAGUGCCAAUAUUGGAAGAGAAUCUCCAAAAAGAGCACAUCCGAUAUGGCGCCGAGAGAGAGCCAAGCAAAGGAGGCGAUUGGAGCCAGAGGGGACAGCGAGCUUCAACGCAGAGUCCCGCGGCGGCAAGGGACGAGGGAGACGAGGAAUAUUGGCAAGAGCUGGAGUUCCGGGACAGAAUGGCGCGCGAAGUGGAGCGCCAGCAAGCUCUGGGAACUCUGAGGCCGCCAACCCCAACAGAGCUCCCAACCCCCCGAAUGGGCGUCGGAGUAGAAAGACCACUGGGGCCAGGGAUCGGGUCCAGUGGAUUAGCUGACGAAGGCGGAGAGGAGCAGGAGAUCCAGGAAGAGGAGGAGGAUGUGCCGUACGACGGGGAAAGGCGAGAUGCGGGGGCUACAGCGAGGCCAGUAUGCGGAUGGGGGGAAGGGCCGACAGCGGCGGCAGGAUUUCGGGAGCCGCGCAGAAUGACCACCGGAGUGGGGCGCGGCGUGAUCCAAGGAAACCCGAUGCAACCCUUCCCCAUGCCUCCCAGACAGCAUCAACGGGCCGCUGAAUGGAUGCCAAGAAGGGAAGAUCUCAAGCUAGAAUACGGAGGGGAAUCAGCCGAACUGAACUUUUUUCUAAUUAGCAUCAGGGGAUACAUGGAAGACAAUGCACACACAUUCCCCUCCGAAGCAAGCAGGGUUCGGGCCAUCGGCAACACACUAAAGAGAGGAGCGGCCAGCUGGUAUGUGCAACUACAUGCCAGACAGGACCCAUGCCUGAGGUCAGUGCCCCGCUUCCUCGCCGCACUGGAAAACCGGUUCAGAGACCGGCUAGAGCAAUUGAGAGCUCGAGACCAGCUUAGAGGAAUAAAGCAGAGGGACAAAACGGUGCCCGAGUACGCAGAAGAAUUCCUCCACCUCGCGGAAAGGGUACCAGAGUGGUCUGAAGUGACCAAAGUGGAAUUAUUUAAAGAGGGACUACGCCCCGAGAUUUUCAGCUGGGCAGCGCACAGAGAUGACCCCGAAACGCUCCAGGGAUGGAUUCAACUAGCGGGGCGCGUUGAAUCCACCCUGGCCCAAGUAAAGCGCUUCAGGAGCAGCGGCGGCCAGCAAAGACCGGUGGCGAGAGGUCGAGGAGAAACGAGGAAGCAGGAAAGACCCGGAGGGAGGCCGGGGAUUCCCUCCAGAGGAGACGACAACAAACCUAAACCGGGAUGCUUUGUAUGUGGGAAGACGGGCCAUCGAGCAGCAGAAUGCUGGGCACGGAAGGGGGAGCCGCCAAAACCCUCAAAGCCCAAGCCAGCAACCGGGAGGCGUGCGGAGGAGGAGGUGCAAGCCCCAGAAUCUCCAGAAAAAUUGGCUUGUGAUGAAAGAAGAACCGAAGAGGAGGACGAAGAAAAGGAGGGCACCAUGUCAUGGAACCCAGUUACAGGGCUUUGGUAAUUCAGCCCUGUAACUGGGAGUCAUAACAUAAACAAUCCCAGGAGCACCUGGCAGAAGAAGAUAGAAUAUGCCUGGGAACUUGGGGCCGAAAGUAUAAACAAUUAUAAUUGGUCUAGUGUGUGAAAAUGGUAGUAAUGUGAUAUUGGGGGUGGGACUUGAUGAUGAUAUUUACGUGUGGUGUUACGUAGCAUCAAAAGUUAUAAAAAUAGUUGUAUGUAAACAUUGGGUCAUUCCUGACUUUUCCAAAGUCAUGUGUUCUUCAAUAAAGAUUGGAUUUGAGAGCAGCCA